AUGACUCGCUUCAGAGGCUGUAUCGAUAUCCACGCUGGCCAAGUCAAGCAGAUUGUCGGAGGCACCCUCAAGUCAGACGACAUUGGGGAAACCAAAGAUACUACAGAGAAUUUCGUCUCUACCAAACCGUCAUCUUUUUAUGCUUCUCUUUACAGACAAAAUGACAUUGAAGGAUGCCAUGUCAUCAAACUUGGAAGCAAUCCAGCCAACGAUGAGGCUGCUAAGUUGGCAUGUUUGACGUGGCCCAAUCAUCUUCAGGUUGGAGGAGGAAUCACUGAUCAAAAUGCUGAAAAGUGGUUGAACGACUAUAAGGCAUCGCAGGUAAUUGUCACCAGCUGGCUUUUUUCGACUGAAAACGGCAAAACUGUGCUUGACUGGUCUAAGUUGGAAAAGUUGUCGAAACAAGUUGGUAAAGACAGAUUGGUAGUAGAUUUGAGUUGUCGCGAGGUAAAGAACGAAAACGGACAAAAGUGGGUUGUGGCCAUCAACAAAUGGCAAACUUUGACGGAUAGCGAGCUCAGUGCAGAGUUUUUGGCCCGGGUGGCUGGCUACUGUUGUGAGUUCUUAAUUCAUGCGGCUGACGUGGAAGGCUUGUGCAAAGGAAUCGACGAAAAGUUAGUAGAGAAGUUGGGCCAAUGGUGUCCGAAGGGAUUCGAAGGAAGAAUUGUAUAUGCUGGAGGUGCCAAACUGGUUGAAGAUUUGGAGCAUGUGAGGAAGUUGAGUGAGGGAAAGGUGGACUUAACUUACGGAAGUGCUCUUGAUAUUUUUGGGGGUAAGCUUGUCAAGUUCGAAGAUGUGGUCGCAUGGAGAUGA